AAAAAAUAAAAAGGCGCUUUUUUAUUUUCUAAUACUUGAAUCAAAUCCUCUUCCCGCUCAUUCUUUUAUAAACAUUUGUUCUCUUAAGUUUUUUUAUGUGUUUAUUUCUUAAUUGAUUUUUUUUUUAAAUCUGGAUGAAUAACUGUUCAGUCACAUACCACGACAAGACAAAUGACAGCGAUUAAUGCUACCAUCUGUCGGACAAAAAUGAAAUAACUUCUUUUUAAUUCUAAACGAGAUCUUCGGAAUGGCAGACGCAGCGGCAAAGAAACCGAAGGCAGAGAAAAAGGCACCAAAGGAGGGUGCAACUCCAAGUGAUAAACCCUCCGUUAAAAGGCGUCCCUUCAAAAGACAUGGACGUUUAUAUGCUAAAGCCAUCUUCACAGGUUACAAAAGAGGUCUUCGUAAUCAACACGAAAAUACAGCCCUAUUAUCUGUAGAAGGAACCAGAUCAAAAGAUGAGAGUUGGUUUUACGUAGGAAAGAAAUGCGUCUAUGUAUACAAAGCUAAAAACAGGACAUGUGUUCCCGGUAGGCCCAAAUCUGUCAAAUCCAAAGUUAGGGCUAUUUGGGGAAAAGUCACCAGACCACAUGGCACAAGGGGUGCAGUGAGAGCCAAAUUCAAUAGGAAUUUACCAGCCAAGGCUAUGGGACAUCGUAUUCGUAUUAUGCUGUACCCAUCUAAGAUAUAGUUGUUUUUAUAAAUAUAAAUAAGAAAUAAAAAAUAUGUUUUCCAACACA